GGUUGGCAACCCAGUUAGUCAUUUCGGCAGUCGAGUUAUUUUUCGAGCAAAUAUCUGAGUGUGUAAUUUUAAUAGCUUGUUAUACUGUAAAUUGUUUUAAAAAUUGCCAAAAUAUGUUAAUUAUUUAGUUUAAUUAGUGGCGCACACGUGUAUAUUAAGUUUUGGAGCCAUAGCAGGGUUUUAAGAAUAUAAACAACAGUAAAGCUAUUCUCCCUUUGCCCAAAAAUCAUCGCACUGUUGUUGCUUUUGUCGUCGACGUCGCUGCCAUAGAGUCACAUCGCUUUCGAACUACUUCCACUGCCGCAGCUGACUACGCUGUCUCCACCGACGACGCUGUAUUGAAAACAGAACAAAACAUAUUUUAUUAAAGUUUAUUAAUAAAAGUUUGUGAUUAAGUCAUUUUAUGAGAAAAGCAAAUUGCCUAAUACGUUGUGCUUUUAAAAGAGAUUAAUAAUAGUAACAUUUCGACCCUGAGCAAUAAUUGUGUUAAUAUCAACGUACAUACAUAUGUAUCUCUUCAAUCGGUUUUACAAUUACAAACAACUAUAGGAACAAGCAAAGAUUAUAUAUUCGAAUUGUUCGCAUUCCCGGUGAUUACUUGUGCCGGUGCAAUCACAAAUUGCUAUGAAUCGCACAGGAGAAAGUGGAACUUCUGCAGCGGCGUAAAAAUAAAAUAAACAAAUUUAGAUAUUCUUAUCAAGGUUGGAUAGUUUAAUUAUCUGUUUCAACUACUCGGCGCGUAAAAAAGCCGCCAUCCACGCCUACGCUAACGAAUUGAUUCGAACUCAAAGUUGUGCACUCCAAGUCGACGUAUACGCCUUACAUCACACUGAACUGGCUUCGAUAGCAGCGGCAAACGCUAUUGCAGCAAAAGGGCCAUAGAGCAAGCGUUUACAUCGGCAGCAAUAUGUCGCAACCACUCAUCGUUCAAGCAGAGUAUUCCUUCAAGGGCGGCAACAACGAUGAACUCUGCUUCAAGAAAGGCGACCUCAUCACAGUUACACAGCGCGAAGAGGGUGGCUGGUGGGAGGGCACACUCAACGAUAAGACUGGCUGGUUCCCCAGCAACUAUGUUAACGAAUAUAAGGCACCGUUGCCACUCACAGAAACGAUACGGCCACCAGAAGAGAUACAGGAAUAUCGUUCGGUUGUGCUGAAAGAUCUGCUCGACUCAGAACGUGCGCAUGUCGCCGAGAUACAAGGCCUUCUGGAGAACUUUCUCGAACCACUGCAGCAGACGCAAAUACUCAACGCUGAUGAGUAUGCCCAGUUGAUGUGCAAUUUUGUCGAAAUUGUGAAAACACACGAAGAACUACUCAAGCAGAUGGAGGAGUGCAAUGAUCGGGUUGGGAAGUUAUUUCUAACGAAGGCACCGCAGAUGAAACAGGUGCACCAAGCCUAUUGCGCAGCCCAUCCGAAGGCGAUUGUCAUACUCGAUAAACACAAAGAUGAAUUGGAGAAGUAUAUGGAGCGGCAAGGUGCCGCCUCACCUGGUCUCUUGGUCUUAACGACGGGUCUGUCGAAACCUUUUCGUCGACUCGAUAAGUACUCUGCCAUGCUGCAGGAACUAGAGCGGCAUAUGGAGAGCAGCCAUCCGGAUCGGGGUGAUACACAACGAAGUGUCGCUGUUUACAAGGACAUCGCGGCGGCUUGUUCAGCAACGCGACGCCAAAAGGAGCUCGAACUGCAGGUGUUAACGGGGCCAGUGCGCGGCUGGCAGGGACAAGAGCUCAGUUCUUUAGGUGACAUAAUACACAUGGGAAGUGUUGCUGUUGGGCCUGACCACCGAGAUCGCUAUUUUGUGCUUUUCCCACAAACUUUGCUGAUACUCAGUGUUAGCCAAAGAAUGAGUGCCUUUAUAUACGAGGGAAAACUGCCUCUAACUGGUAUUAUUGUGAAUCGUUUAGAAGACAGCGAGACAGUGAAAAAUGCCUUUGAAAUAAGUGGACCCUUAAUCGAACGUAUCAUUGCUGUGUGCCAAGGUCCCAACGAGGCGAGCAGAUGGGUUGAGCUCUUAACGUCGGCGAAUCCCUCGGUUCCCAUUGGCAUUAAGCGUCAAUUAAGUAAUUUGAGCAAUGCAUCGAUAAGCGGCGGCGGGAGUAGUGGGCAAGCGCCUCAACCACCACCACAUAACCCUCAUAUUUUAGAUCCGCGUGGUUAUAGUACACGUUUCUCGCUCUGCGCGUACUACGCUGCUCCUCCAUGCAAACCAUAUCGCAUAACAUUGCCUCCGAGUAACUACCCGCCCACCGCACCCUAUGCUAACCUAAGCGCGCAUUUUGCCAAACUAGUCAAGGCGGGCCGACUAAGAAGUACUUUAGUGAAAAUGCUGCUCUACCCGCAAGCGCGGCAAAGCAUUGACUUAAAGCGAAUUCCCAUGCGUAAGAAACGUGCUCACAAGUCUUCGGCGAAAAUGAAAAAAUCUACUCAGCAAGAAAUGGACUACUCCAACUGCUCAGAACGUUCAGAACUGGAACGACAGGAUGCUUUUGAAUUGCCUACCGAUUCCGAGAGUGAUGAGUGCGAUGAGGACGAUGAUUAUGAAAAAUAUACUGACUGUGAUUCAAAUCCCUUCGAAUACGUUAAGUUCCACGCGAAUGCGUAUGAUUCGAAAAAUACUGCGUUGACCAACGACGUCCAAACUACACGGCACAAGGAACGGCAUUGUUCAUCUAUAAAUCUAAUAAAAUUGGAUUCGGAUAGCACCGAUGAUUGCGCGCGGCACUCUGCCGGGCCGGCCGCUUUGCAAAAGGAAUCGCUGGUAAUCGGCUCGAGAGCAAUGCAAGCGUUGGUGCGCAAAUCCACGGACAGUGUUGUCAUUCAUACCACAACUGCGCACCUGGAUCUGAGUUGUAGUGGCGGCAUUACGAGUUGUGUGGAGGAGUUAUCCGAGGAGAGUGCAGACCUGCCGAAAAGCUUGCUUCACCAAGCGUCUCAAACUUCGCACAGCUCCUCUGUUUUUUGUGAAAGACUAGGCGGCGCGUAUGUGGCUUGCGAGAAUCUAGCCAAAAUGUCGGAUGAAACUAAAAUCAAACUUACCGCCCAAGAUUCCGAUUCCGAUUCGCCAGCAGAGCGCCACAGUAUGCCGAAUUUAUUUGUUGGCAAUCGCUUCAAUCGUAGCUCGAACACUGCAGUCUAUGUACCAACGUGGCAAGAUCGUAAGGAGGCACAUAAUUUGAGUGUGGAUGCGCUGAAGCAGCAGAGUUUCGCGAGCGAAAAUGCCACCGACGAGUUUAAUUAUAGUGACAACGAUGAUGACGAUGACGACGAUGAUGUUACGCAUUCCAGUACUUUAGACUUGCCAGCUGAGUGUUUAAUGGCCCCAGACAAAUUGCAGGCGGAGUUGCUGUAUAAUUUCGACGAGAGCUGCUUGGAUAGACAAACAAUUGCGGAGGAAUUUGACGACAUCAUUUCGCCACCUUCAAUGUUUAAGCCACAGUUUCUUUUCGAGCAAAAUGCUCGGAGCAUCGAUCAACAGGAACAACGAAAAAAAACUGCAGCAACGAAAGAGCAGCCACAAGUCGGCGUAAACGCUGCUGCCUUACCCAGUAGUCAGUCCACGACCGAACUUUAUAUUGAGCCGCAACGUUCUAGCGGCGGUUCAGAUAGCAGCAAACAAAAACGGCCUGACUCAAUCAGGCGUUGCAUCAGCUACCAGUUUGUGCAAAUGUCCAAUGAUCACGUCGUCGAUGGCGCUGCACCGCUAAUGGAGCCUACCAGGAGUGGACACAAUGGCAAUCAAGCUAACGAGAAUUUCAGAAGUAAAAAUUAUCACUUGGACCGCAACAUUCCAGCAGAGCGCAUGCGUCACCAGCAGCAACAAUUGCGCAAGGAGAAUAACGGUUCGUCGGACACAAAAUGCCGUUGCUGCGAGAGCUCGGAAUGUCCCAGCCCACGAUCCAGCGACUCUGGCAUGGCUGGCAGUUGUACGAUCACUUCGCCAGAUCCACCACUUGUCAACGAUGUACCAUUCGGGAAUUACUACGUUGGGGAAGGCUUCCUAAUGCCGGCGUCAACUAAUUCCGACUCCAAUGCUAUUACUGAUCUCACGCGUUUCGAUGUCUGCGGGAUGUUUCGCGCGAAAUUCCUUACACCCGAAGCACCUCAAGAUGUCGUCGAUAAUGUCGAACGCGACGCGCAACUUCCACGACUGCAUCAUCAAUACUCUUUCCCCUUAGCCACAACAGCGACGGAUGGCGCGCCAAUUUCAACAAUAACUACCGCUGAACUGCAGAUAUCCACCAGCAAUGCGACUAUCGACUCUGUGGCAACCAACUCCAGUCAUCAGCUAACGAUCGGCAGCCAACCAAAUAUGCAGUUCUCCUCAAGUCUCGAUAACACGGACUCAACAGCGAUGGCGAGCACCACAGAUGGGCAGUUGUUUCGUUCUGGCAUGUACGCACAUUGGUGGAAGAAGGAAAAACUACCACCGGCGGUUGUGCGUGGCAUUGCCAAGGCGUUACAAUCGCCACAACUAAGCAAGGAUUCGCGUUGUUCGAUGUGUUCCAGCUGUGUGUCUGGUGCCGGCAGUGGAUUCAGUGAAGGCACCGCUUAUUCAUCGCUUUGUCGCGAAUGUGUGUGCUUCUGCAGAUCUAGUACAGGCACGCCAUGCGACACGAACACCACAACAACCAACUCCAUGACACAGUGCCCACUGUGUUCGGCAGGCAGUGGCGAGUCAGCAGAUACGCCACCAACACCGGCAACCGGCAGCGAGCGCUUAAGUCACGCGUCUUUUAGCAAUGGCGGCGCUGUUACUGCCACCACCACCAGCACUUCAACGGUUUCAAGUCCUGCCAGUUCGCUCGAUUGCCCUAUUUGCAAGGGACUUAUUGCGCGAGGCGAGUCGAUGGGUUCUAUUUUGAUGGCCGAUGAUGAGGUUGCGUCUGGUGAAAAGGCUGUAGAUCAACACUCUUCGCAUGCAAAUGCAAAUUCUGCCAAUGCUGUUGCGGUUGUAGAAGAUGUCCCCACCCGCGAAUCUCAGCAUGCUGGCGGCGCAACGCACAAACUCCCAAAGCCUAGCGGCAGCAACAGCAGGAGCUUCAAUGGCAACAUCAAUGUCACAUCCGUCACACACAAACGGAGCCUGUCGUUCAACCACCACUUAAGCUACAAUCAAUACACGCACACUCAGCCUCCACCACCUCAUCAUCAUCUUCCACCACCACAACAAAGUCUACCAAAUCAUCCGGUGGCCCCAAGCCACAAAUCAAAUUUAGCCCCGACAUCGAGCAGUAUUUCAAAGAAUCAACAUCAAACAGCGGGAAACAUGGCGGCAACCACAAACGCAAGGAUAGGAAACACAAAAGCUAAUUGGAGCAUAAAGAACCUGCGGCCAGCGCCACCAUUGCGCCCCAAUCUGCUCAAUGCAAUGACGCAUAGCGGCAGUGGAGGCAGCGGUAGUGGCGGUGGCGCUAGCGGCAGCAGUAGCGCCAACGCGCUCGCCAGUUACUGCAGCGGCAAGCGAAUGCAGCCGACUUUCGAGGAGGAUGUGCUGGUUUUGAGAGUUUUCGAAGGCUAUUGCGCCGCCUAUCAGAACACCACCCGCAACACCAUACACUCGGCCCUGCAACCAUGGACGCCCUGCCUGCCGAUACGCGGCGGAAAGCUGCAGACCAGCAAAACCUUCUCCACUUCAAAUCCGCAACUACCACAUCUAUGCCAAACCGGCGCCCCAUUUCCGGGCAGUAGCAGUGCGACCAACCAACAAAACUCCACGAACAGCCUCAACUCAUCGUAUAUUUGGCGCGAGGCGAGUCCAAACAAUUUCAAUCUAUAUUCCAGCUCGGUUUCAUCGCUGAAUGCUGCUACAACAGGAGUAGCUGGAGGCGUGAAUGCCGUCGGCUAUCGCUAUUCACUUUCCGGUUCCUCCACCGGCGGUGCGGGUCCUUCUAGUCUGCCAAUUUAUGAACGCGCCCUAUCGGAAGAGCGCGCCACCCGCAAGUCACUCAAUCGUUUGAAGAGUGGCUUCGGUUCGGGUUACGACAAUAUCUUCAUGACACCACUCUUGCCACGCAAAAAUAAACCAUCUCCGAAGCUGGUGAAGAAUAGCAGCUACCAGGCCCAUCAGCGUUCACCACCGUCCACAACGAUAACAGCGCGCAAUCGCAGCGACUCCGAACGACUCGAUGCAACGCCUCUCACGAUAACCGAGCAGGAGCCGUCGUCGCAGCGACAGUCACAAAAACAACAACGCCCACCAGCACCAGGACUCUACGAUCGGCGCUUGAAUCGCUCAUUCGAAACCACGGUUUCACACCGUUACGCCGGCUACGGUGGCGGCUACAUGAUGUCAGGCUAUGGCCAGGCCGCAGGCUACAAAAUGACGCCAAUGCGGCGCAGCACACCGCAACUCGCAGGCGGAGAUGUUGUCAACGACGCGCGCGACAGUGAUGAGGCCGAGCAUCGACAUCGCGGCUGUGGCGCCGCCUUGCUAGGUAAUGGAAACAGCGUGGGAAAUUGUGCGGCAGGUGCCGACCACGAGACCGGCACCACCGGCGAUGGCGACAGCCAACGCCACUCGGGUAGUUGGUGUUGCGGCUUGGAGAACGAGGAUAUGACACCGACGCUACGUCAAUUAUGGACCGCCAUUCGGCAAAUGCAGCAGGAAAUGUCGCAAAUGAAGUUGCAAAUGAACGAGGAGCGUGCGCUGCGAACGAGCUUGCAACAGCUGUUGAUGCAACAUUUGGAGACGGGCAGCGCCGUGAGUAAUACACCGAAAUGUUGACUAUGCAAGUGAGUUGGCGAGAUUGCGGAAUUGGCAACUUGGCUUCAGCAGCGAAAACGCUUAGCAAACAAAGUAUUUGAACGACGGUUGAAAGGAGUUGAGGUGCGAAGGAAGAAGCGCUUGUAUCAACGCAUAAUUUAGUGAAAAUUAAGUUGCAAUAAUUAUUCUUUAAUAAGAGAACAUAAACGUUUUUUUUUUGUUUUUCCGAUAAGUAGCUCUGUAUUUUUUGCUUCUAGUAGCUCACUUAGGUACUUAUGUAGAUAUACGCAUACGUACACACAUACUUGUAGAAAGUGUCAUAUUUAACGCUUAUAAGUUUAGUUUUUAUGAAUUUGCAUAAUAAGCACAAAUAUUAAAUAAUUUUAUUAGCAUUAGUUUUUAUGCAAUUAGUGCAUAGAUUUAUGAAAAAAGUGUGUUCUAUAACUUCCAUAAGAUAUUUAAAUGUAUGAAGCCUGAAAGUAGGCAAACUAAAUUAGACAAAGACCAGCAGUGAGAUUUGUAUUGCCUUAGCGCUAGGGCGAAAGCGUCAAAAGCUCGGGGUACAUAUGGGGUGUAGGCUCUGGUGUAGGUAUGUAAAUUGCAAGCUUGAAAUAACAAAAGUCUGGGCAAUCUGUGGCUACAAGGUGUAGUUAAAAAGUUCGUGGAAUUCAGAGAUAGGGGAGCAAAUUUUAUAUGAAAUAAAGUCUCUUUUUUUGGCAUAUUAUAUUAUAUUUAUUAUAACUCGUACACAAAAAAUAUUUUGUCACAAAAAAAAAUGUUGUUUCGACCGCCAAAUUCUACACAAACGGCUGACUCAAUUUAUUCAUCAACAGAAAAUGUUUCUGCUCAGGUGUCUUUCUCCCUUUUUGGAAACACAAAAUACUUUAGCGGGAUGGCGCUAAAGCUGCAAUUAGUGGUGCCGUAGCCAUAACCAUAGCCGCAACAUUACAGCAUUUGUCGAUUAGUCAUGCCGUAAUCAUAAACAGCUGAUAUUGGAGUAGAAUUAAUGACAACAUUUGCAUUUUGUCAUAAAAACAUGGCUUAUUUUCCACUGAGUCAAUUAAUUUUUUGCCGUUCAUUUCUAAUAUUCAAAUUUUUAUCGCAAAUAUCAAAAAAAAAAAUGUCAACUAUUUCGCAGCUGCUUAGGGUUACGAGAAAAACCAAAAUUCAAUAGAUGCAUACGGCUCCGGUUAUGGCUAUGGCUCUAUGGUGGGGCACCUAUAAUCGUUUACAGUGAUGCUCACAUGUUUGAUCAGAAAGCUGAUUGCAAUGUUUACGGUUAUUAACACUAAUUGCGGCUUAACUCGGAACCAUAGGGAAUGUUUUGUUUUUCGAAGCAUUACUUGUCUAGGAAAGUCAGCAUAACAUAACUCGAAGACGGGUCCUAUGUGGGACACACUUCGUGCCCAUUUUCUACUUAGUUUUUCUGUAACUGAGUUUUUUAGUUUUUUUCUAAAAUCGUUGUGUGGCAUAGAAUCUCAAAACAGUAACGAUUACAUUUCCAGUCGAACAUCUUAGGCAACGAUUCAGGUUCCUAGUGAUAAACGACUUCAUUUUCAAUAAAAAUCAAGCUCAUGAAUGAAUUUCUGUUUACGCAAAAAAAAAAAAAUCAGAAACUCGAACAUCGAAAACAGUUUUGUUGAGGGACCUACAGUUUUGAGCCGACUUCGAACGACGAAUGUUUUUUUUUAUGAGGAACCUUUUCAUGGCAGUUUUUUCUUUGUUUAGUAAGGAAUUUAAUCACUGCACCAAACUGAAUGUGCUCCAUAGCUGAUACCUCCGAAUUUACUGUUUAUCCGUCAUUUUCUCAAAGGUUAAUGAACGGUGUGACUAAAAUUAAUACUAACUCCACAAAGUUUUUGACCCCCCGCUUAGCUUUAUGUAGAAUUCUUCAAAUUUAUUGUUAAUUAUUUGAUACUUGUUUUUGGCGAUACCGAUUUAGCGGCUACGGAUCUCAAAAUGCCGCCGCUGAAAGCAACAAUUUCAAAUCUCGGAAAAUACUUUGCAGCGGUUUUAUGUUUCAGCAGUUCCUCAUUCUAAGUUCACCUUUAGAAAGUCGCAUACAUACAAACCUCUGAUGUCUUCUAUAAAUCCGAGCUAUCGGUAAGCAUUGCCAUUUUUGCUUGCAGUGAAAGUGCAGACUGGUGAACUUUGAAAAAGGAUUAGGCAUAAAGUUUCCAUGAAUGCUCUAUAGUGGUUUCGAUUUUAUUUUUAUUUUUAGUAAUUUGGUAUCACUUAAAAAUGUCCGACGUAUUUUUACUGAUUAUAAAUUUUCAAAACAGGUCUCACAUUUGUUCUGCUUACGAGAAUGUAAAGCAAAAUUAUUUGAAAAAAAAAAAAAAACAAAAAAAAAAUGUACCACGAAUAGCCAACGAAGGGAUACUUUUCGCUUAUUACGCUGCCCACAUACGGUGGCUAGUGUUUGAAUCUCGGAAUAAGUACGGUUGCGAACACGAAAAUAGCAGUACCAAAAAAAUAUUAGUUUGGGGAAAAUGAAAUCCAUUAUUUUCUCGGUAGACGGCUGCAGUGAUCGAUAUCUCGUAAAGUAUCAAUCAAACAAUUUAAAAUUUAUUCCUGUUGUCAAGGUGAUAUUUCACACUAAAAAAAUCCUUUGCUAUUUUUUGUUUGUUCCCUUCAGUUGUGAGUUACAGGGUGUUCACAAAGAGAGAUUCCCCAAACCAAUAUUAAAUUUUUUUUAAAUGUUUAAUCUAUCUGAUGUGAUGAGAAAGUUGUUAUUAUUAUUUCGAAAUAUUAUUAUAUUCUUUAAAUAUUUAUUCUUCUUAAAUCAAUACAAACAAAACAUUUUAUAACAAAAUAUAGAUAUUCAGCGUUCACAUUAAAAUAGCAGUGGCCAUAUAAGCAACGCAUUCCGACCAAAGUUUAUAAAACAUUUUAAGAAAACCUGCAUUAAAAAAGGUUGCAGAUAGAAAGUUGUAACUAAUAUUUAGUUGAAAUUCCCAAAUUUUUUAUUACGGCAACACAACGGCGAGCCAUUGAGCCCACCAAUUGCUCACAUCGCUGCUUCGGAUCCUGCAACCACACAUCUUUAUAAAUUUCCCACAGUUUUUGAUUCUUACUCGGUUUGGCAUAGUGCGCACAGCUCUUUUUAAGUCCCCCCACAGAUUUUCUAUAGGAUUGAGGUCGAGAAACUGAGCUGGCCAUGUCAUAACCUGAAUUUUAUUUGCGCAAAAUUCAUACUGACUCGUGUGUUUAGAAUCAUUAUCCUGCUGGCAGCCAGACCCCUUUUAUUGAAAUUUCUUCUCUGCAAUAGCAUGCAUAUUUUUGUACAUUAUGACACGUGGCCACCGUAGCCGAAUGGGUUGGUGCGUGAUUACCAUUCGGAAUUCACAGAGAGAACUCUGGUUCGAAUCUCGGUGAAACCAAAAUUAAUAAAAACAUUUUUCUAAUAGCGGUUGCCCCUCGGCAGGCAUUGGCAAACCUCCGAGUGUAUUUCUGACAUGAAUAUAUAUAUAUAUAUAUAUAUAUAUAUAUGUAUAUAUACAUAUGACAUCAAUUUGGUGUGUGGGGCCUGCGCCUUAAUACGGGAUGUAUCUCAUCUGCUUACCCUUAUUAUUAAGUCCCCAUGUUUAGUGGGUUUUGGAGUGUAUUGUGGCUGAUCUUUGGUGCCAAUUGGACGUCUCACAUAUUGUCGUGAACCCGUGGUGCAAUACAAACCAAUUUUAGACUCGUCAGCCCACAAAAUAUUACGCCAUAUGUCAGCUGUUCCGCUAGCAAGUUUUCUUGCAAAUUCCAAACGAGUUGUCUUAUGUUUUGGUGUCAGUAGUAGCUUUUUUCGUGGGCUGUGAGCUGCUUAUCUACCUUCCCGUAAUCUUCCACGAGCAGUCAUGUCAGAAACAUUUGAGUUCACCUCCUUUUUAACUUGUAUGGCUGACUUCAAGGGACUCUCUUUGGAGCACUUUACAGUUCUGCGCCCGUUUUGCAGGAAAGUUUUACGUUUUUCUCCUCUUUUUUUCUAGCUUUUCCACAAAUUUGCCUAUUUUGGCUUCAAUCUGUACAAAAUUGUAUUAAUAUUCCUUGUAUGACCUUAACAAAGUCCAUGGAACACUUAAUUACCUACUGCGAAGCAUUAGGUAACAGGAGAUACAGAAUUCUGAACUCGUACCUACUAGAGGAUGAAAACUAACAAAUGCUCCAGUCCUCCUAGGGAGCUGGUUCUAUUUUUCGCACUACUAAAUAAUUAAAAUUAAGCACUUGGGGGCGCAGUGCAUCAAAGCCUUAGCAUAACCUGUGCAACCGUUACCAUUACCUUUUCCAUGUUGCACUUAAAAACGUAACGACGUCAAUAAAGAACCGUUGUUUACAUAGUUGCCACAUUUAUUCAGAUAAACUUCACACAUCUGAAAGUUCUUAACCCUUCAUCGAUAUUUGGCAUAGAAAUUUUCUUUUGUGUGUUUUAUAGGGGAAAAAAUGACUUAAAAAUAAUUUUUUAAGGGUAUUGCUAUUUUUAUGCUCACAGCUGUAGAUGCUGCAUAUUUCUGAAAAUUGUUAAAAAUGUUUUAGUAAAAAAAUAAUGCUUAAAAAAGAAAAUAAAAUAAUAGCAAAAAUACAAUAAAAAAAGAGGUUGUCUGUAAGAUCGGUUUACUGGCGAUAGUUUAACGUGACAACGUCAUAAGAAAAUACUGAUGGAAUGGUUGCAUUUCUCAAAAGAAAACUUUAAUUUUAUUUGUUUGAUAGAUAUUUUGUAUGGAUAUAGAGAAGGAGGUAAAUGGAAUCGUAAUGGAAUUGAUCAAGUUAUAUUACAUUUACACAAACGUGAAAAAUUACGAAACAUUUAUCAAAUUCAUGAAAGAUAUGUUCAAUUUCGAUUGUGCAUCAGACGUUAAUAGGUCAACAACACUAAAA